GCGCUGAGUGGCGGUGAUGUCCAUACUGAGCCAUCUCAGUUGUUGGUAGAGCGCGUGCGUGCUGUUCGAGUGCGUGGCUUACCUGUUGUCGUUCCUGUGGAUUCCGAUGAAGAGUUGAUACCGGACCCUGUUCCGGAGCCGGUGGCUAUGAUGGUGCCUGAGCCCCGUGACGAAGCUACCGGUAAGGAUCCAGCUGAGGAUGAUAGUGAGUUGCAUGACUUGAGAGUUUGUCUUGUGGUUCAUGAGUUGAGUGGGUAUUCUUUUGGGAUUCCUUUUGCUACUGGAGAAGAUCCGAUGAAGGUGGCUAGGGCCAUCAAUGCAGAGUUGAGUUUUGCUGGUGUGCAAGGGCAGCACAUGGUGCUGCGCAUGGACAAUGAAAGUACACUGCAAGCCUUGUGGAACCGAGCCGGGAAGGUCUCAGACCACGCCUAUGGAAAGAAUGCGACGGCAACACCUCACGGUUACCAAGACAUUUCCUUUUGGGUGCAAAGGUUUCGCCAAGCCAGGGAAGCCGUCGAAAUGAUGUCCGCAUUUCGCCCGGACCUGCCUUAUGUGUAUCCUGAAGACUUGGUGAUACAGGCUGCUGACUCAGGUGAUCUAAUUGAGAGGGGGACGGGAGAUCGAGAUAUUCUUGAUGAUGAAGAUAUGGAUGAUUAUUCACCUGAUGUUGAGGAUGUUUUUCCUGAGGAGAUCCCGCCUGAUGGGCCCCCGGUUGGAGAGAACGAGGCCCCUCCGGAGUUUGAUGUUGACAUGCAACCGGCUGAAGAUGAUGAUCCCAUGGAGGUGGCGAUUAGUUGGUUGCAAGAUCAUGCGCUGUAUGCGCUGUGCUCGAGGCCUGACAUGGUCCGAGCGGCCAAGGGUUCUGAGGAAACGAGGAACCAGGGUUUGGAGUUUACUCUGAAGUUUGGAGGGUCUAAGGUGAAGGUUCAGGUUCCUUCAGGGGCGGCGGAUGAGUAUUCAGGUGAACUUCUGGAUGAGAAGAAACUGGGUGAAGGCAUGAAGCUUGAGAUGGAAGAACUUGACAACUUUGGUGUGUGUCAAGUUGUUUCGGAGAAAGAAGCCUUGCGUUUGGUGCGUGAAGCAAAGCGGCGGGUGCUUUCCACCCGCUGGGUCCUCCACUACAAGGACGGGCACAAGAGAGUGCGCUGUAGGUUGGUGGUAAGAGACUUCAAGGGACCCACGAGUGCCCUCUCGGAUGGCAUCUACUCGCCGACUACGACCCUUGAGUCGGUACGAUGUUUGUUGGGUAUGUACGCGCAUUUUGGUGGUAAGGUGAUUUCCGGAGAUAUCAGUGUAGCUUUUAUGCAAGCCCGUUUGUUUUCCACUGAGGUGGUGAAGCUUCCCGAGAACUGCAGUACAACGAGUGGAGAGAGAGUUCACUGUUUGCUGAAACGAGCCAUGAAUGGUUUGAGGAUUGGGCCCCUGGCCUGGUUUCGGGAACUUGGAGAAACUUUGAGAAAGCUUGGCUUCCAGGUGACUGCUGAUAGCACUGUAUACAGAAAGAUGAUUCGUGAGAAAGGGAUUGAAGCCAUUGUGUUGGUUUUGGCCUAUGUUGACGACAUCUUGGUGUUUAGUACAGUUGCGAGUGUAGCUGAGAAGGUGUUUGCUGAUUUAAGCAAGGUCUUUAAGAUGAAGAGGACCGGUACUUUGGAACCCAAGAAGCCAUCAGUGAUAUCCUUCCUUGGCAGGAACAUCUAUCAGAAAGAAGAUGGUAGUUUGUUUUUCGGCUUGAAACCGGGGAUGUUGAAAAGCUGCGCGGAAGAGUACCAGAUUACGAAGUCCGCGAAGUUGCCGAAGCUGGAAAGGCUUUGGAUGAAUGCGAAGGCCACCCCAAUCACUCAUGAAGCGUACCAGCGGUACCGGAGAGUAUUGGGAAAGCUGUCUUGGAUGGCCUUGACGAGGCCUGACUUGCAGUUUGUGGUUGGUUUCUUGGCGAGGAGCCAGUCGAACCCGGACUCUAGGAAGCACUUUUCGCUGGGCUGCUUCAGCAGUCUUUCCUUGAGGGACUCCCAGAGGAUGAG